AUGUGCAUGGGUUCCAAGCUCAACUCCUUGUGCAACAACAGAUCCAAGAUGGACGAGAAUCAACAAGAACAUCAACAAGAACAGCAACAUCAGCAGCAGCAGCAACAACAGCAACAGCAGCAGCAAGAGAAACAAGACAAUCAACAGCGUCCAGAGAAACAACCUCCAGAGAAGCAUCCCGUGCGCCGUAUGUCUUCAGAGCCGGAGAAACCGGACAAUAAGGACCAUUCCCCCCUGGAGGAAGUCAAGGAAUCUCUGUUGCAGCUGCGCAUCAUGAAGGACUAUGCCAACUUGGAAGCCAAGGCUAAGAUCAAGCGCAUCGCUGAUUGCUUCUGGAACGCCAAGGAGCAGAGGGAGGAGAUUGCCAAUGUCUUUGCUAAGGAGAAAGGCGCAGAACUCGUUGUCAGCAUGCUCACGGUGUUAUCCAAGGAAGGCCUCUUUAAGAAUGACAGUGUCUGGUUCACCGCCUACUACGUGUACAAUACAGUCUGGAACCUGAGCGACGCCAGUCUGCUGUGCGCCCAGUGUCUUGGUGAAGCUGGUAUGGUGAAACUGUGUGCAGCCAAUAUAGCGCACGGGCCGUACAGAGAAAAUAUGAAACAGAAGAAUGUUGCCUUCCUCAUCAAAGCCUCCCUCAGCAUCCUCCACAACCUGUCCAAGGCCCCUAGCAAUCGUCACUUCUAUCGUCAGGAGGCAGUGGAAGCUAAGAUCCAGCCCUACGCCCAGGGGUGUGACGAUAACGACAACGAUGCCUACCUCAAGGCCAUCACCAUGAUGACGCUGGCCUACAUCCUGGAUGAGGAGGAGGACAGAGUCGAUUCUGGAGACACCAGUAUCAAAGAAAAUGGAGAAACCAUAAAUAUGACCACUGAAAAAUCUACUGUGGAGUACAUCAUCGGUUUACUCAAGGAUGCCCAACAGAGUACAGACAGACGUAGCCAGGGCUUGUCGUGUGCCGAGCUAGCUCAGGGACUGGGACGACUUGCCGUCAAUGAUCACAACAAGAGCAGGAUUCUACAAGCCGGUGCCUUGCCCCUCCUCACCUCCAUGCUGCAACAAGACGGUCUCCUCGAGGAACAAGAGGCAGCAACCCAGGCCAUCUGGAACCUGGCCUUCGACAGCACGGUCCGUCAACACCUGGCCGUGGACAAGGCCUGCGUGGAGGCCUUAGAGAAACUAACCCACAGCAAGGAGCAGUCGAUACGGACGGCAGCCAAGGGGGCACUGUGGGUCGGGCAGAAGCAGAGCCGUAGCACUAGGACAUCGGUGGCAAGCUCAUCGGUGGCAAGCUCUUCGACAUCCGGAGGGUCAAGCAGAGGACCUAGUCGGAGUUGGUCCCGAGGUAGUAGCACCGGGAGCGGCCAGUUACCUCACAUCAUGCUCAGCUACCAGUGGGCAGCGCAGAAGGUGGUGCUCAAAGUCCGGGACCUGCUUGUGACUGCAGGGUAUCGUGUCUGGGUGGAUGUUGACUGCAUGUAUGGAUCCACGCUCCAGUCCAUGGCAGAGGCAGUGGAGAACGCAGAGGUUAUCCUAGUGUGCAUAUCGGAACGCUACAAGGAAAGCCCCAAUUGUCGGACAGAGGCUGAAUACGCCUACCAGUGUCGUAAAUCCAUCAUACCCCUGAUGAUGGACAAGUAUUACCAACCCAACGGUUGGCUGGGGAUGAUCAUGGGCACCAAAUACUACGUGGAUCUGUCAGGACGGCAUUCCUUCUCUGACCAGGCUCAGAAGCUACUGCGGGAGAUCUCCGACAUUGGCAGUGCGGCGUUACUCGAAGAGCCCGUCUUUGAGUUUGAGGACGCCUCAACGACGAUGCUGAACAACCCACGGAACCACACCGUUAGCCCCAGACCCCAGACUUUACAGAGUCCUCGUCAGAGUACGUCUAGUCCACGUCGUCACGUAUCGACGCCGAGACACCAGAUGCCUAGCCCGUUACCGGAGUCCCCCAGCCCGACCCAGCCCGCUCACGUCAGAGAGUGGAGUAAAGAGAACGUCCAACAAUGGCUUGAACACGCUAACUUAUCCCACUUAAGGAAAUCACUUAAGGACUUUGACGGCUCCUUACUGGCCCAGCUUCACACCUUACGACAAGAAGCUCCAGAUUUCUUCUACACAUCCCUGAGGCAGGACCUCUGCAUCCAACACCUGGUGGACAUCCUCAAGCUGACUGCAGCCAUGGACAAAAUCUUAUGACGGAAUCCAUGAAGAUGCCAAUUUUUGUAUUCAUGUGAGACGUAUAUAUAUCGUGCCGGUUGAUUCGACCGUAACAUCAGGGUACCGUUAAUGAAUGCUGCUUAAUGGACUCCUUGCGUGAACAUAGGUGGCGCUCUGUGACUACUUGUGAGAACUGGGAGUGCAAGAUAACAGUGCAUGCAACGCAUUCAAGAUUAACCCUCCUAUGCAAACAUGUAUACAUUCAGUGCCAAGUAGUGCUGUCAGUUAAAAUCAAUCAAGUGACUGUUUUCAACAGUUAAGAGCUCCAAGCCUACACAAAGCAGGACUGACUGGCUGUGACUGUUUAUGUAGCUCGAUAUAGCUGUGCUUUGACUGGAGGUCAGCUGCGCUGCUAGUUUCCUGCUUUUGCCUGUUGACUGAAAUUGACUAGUCAGAGUGCUUGCUUGAAAUAUGAGCCGACUCUUUUUGACAUGGCAGUGACUGUUUAAACAAUAAGAGGGUUAAGUGAUUGUGUGCAAAAUUGCACUGUCUGUGCGCGAGUGCCAGGCCUACACCAGCAAUGCAUUCAAGAGUCCAGCAAAACCCUUUCUCUUUGUAAACAUUGAGGGGGUGCUUGUACACGGAGUCCACCCACGCACAUUACUGGAUGCAGGCCAGUAGAUAAGCCCAAAAUUGCCUACGCCGGCCAAAUCAUGCUUUGCUUGCCCUUGAAUUAUCCGAUGUAAGAGCAUUUUGAGGUCCUUGAACUUGAGGGUUUGUUAAAAAAAAGAAGGGUGGAAGCCGUGCGGAGGACUGUGAGCUCGUAUUUCUGUGAAAUUUGGAUGGAAUUAGGCCCUAUAAGGGCUCUAUUUUGUAAUGUCAGCGUAGGUGUCCAUUUUCAAAAUGGCGAUUGGCUUCAGGACUACUUUGAAGGGUGACUAUCUUUGGAUGGCAUUUUCUCCCAAAAGUCAUCGGUUUACCACAAAACAGUUGCACAGAAAACGAAAGAUGAUGAAAUAAGCUUUAACUUGAUGUGUAUCUCGAGAAGAAUGUUGCAACUUGACGCCACUUUUUUCAUCAUAUAUUAUCUCAAUGUAGGUCAUUCAUUGAGAUAAUAUAUG